CACAGGGCAACAGUUGAGACCUAGCGGCCCGAAUGGGGCAUCACAGCGCCUAAACAGGUCAACGGCAGGAAUGAGCGCUCCAGUCCUGCGUCGCGCACCCUGUUCCGUCUCCUUGUUGAGCAUGUCUUCCGGAUUCCAUUACGCCACGACAAGGGGCCAUGUAGAUCAGUCAAGAGUUCCUGCCCACCAGUGCGGCGAGAUGUGCUCGGCUGACCGUAAUAUUCCCCAGGAUGUGACACGGCCAAGUCUCAGAUCAGCCGGGCCAGACGACUUGCCCACCCAGUGCUGACCUUGCCCAGCGAUGACGGGUCGAGGGUGAAUCCCUUCGAUUUUGCUGUCAGCCCCUCUGCUGCAGCCCAUCGUCUGCUGAUAAAGUCUCACAAACAGGGCAUUCGGUACGCUUUCCACGGCCAGUCGCCACCUCCGGUACCGACCAGAAGGAUUCGCCCUUUGCCCCAAAGAAUGCAUAGCGCUCAUCAAAUGAAUGGAUCGGAUAGACGAUGCAACAUUGCUGUACGCGCAGCAGUCUUAUCGAACCCUCCUGUUUCACUAAAUUACGGGCCUUGAGAUCCACUUCUGCAAGACAUUAAC